GUCACAUGAUUUCUUAGACUGAUUACCCUGUCGAGUUUGUGAAUCCAAGUUCUUUAAUAUUGUAAUUAAGCUUUAGUGAUAGGUUAUUUAUGAUAAAAAAGACUGUUUUUUGUUUUCUUGCUUCAUAAUAGCUUGAUUUCACUAUUUUCUCACAAUUUAAAUGAACUUUAAUAUAUCUUAUUACGGUAUGCAUCCAGUAUCUCCAACCAUAAAUGUAACUAGUUGUAUAGGCUUAAUGUCAAAUGUCAUAUAUUUUGUAAACAUAACCUUAAAUUGUUAAAGGUGGUUUUCAGAAAUUUUGUAAUUUUUAUAAUUCUCAAUUCCAUUUUUUUUGUGCCAUGGAGAACUAUAAAAAAGGAAAAAAUGUUGAGGAACCAUUGGAUAGAUAUAAGAUUCCAAUAAAGAAUUUGCCUGAAAAUUUUUUGUGGAUGCAGGUAAGAGGAGGUAGUAAGAUAAGGAAUCUGCUCUCACAUGCCUUGAAUGAGAUGCCAGAAGCUAAACAUAUUGUGUGGACAGGUUUUGGACCAUCUGUUGGCAAGACUGUUACUUGUACAGAAAUAAUGAAGAGAGAAUAUCAAUAUACCUUACAUCAGAUUACAAAAAUCUGCUAUAGAUUAGUUGAAGAAUAUUGGGACCCCCUCCUUCCAGAGCUAGAUCAAAUUGUAGUCAAGAGGAAACUCCCAAUGAUUCAUAUUUAUCUUAGUAUAGAGCAUUUGGAUGCUGAAGAAUUAGGGUAUCAGUAUCCUGGACAAGAAAUAGCUUAUGGAUCACAUAAAGGAGGUGGUGACAAGAGGUCAAAUCAACGUAAGAAACACAAAAAGAAUAGAAAUAAAGAACAUCAACAAAGUAGCAGUAAUACAGACAAUGUAUCUGGAAGAUAGCAAUAGAUUUAAAAAUGAAUUGCUAAGAUUCUUCAUUCAUUCUGUAAGAGCACUGGGAUGUAAUGAUACAGAAUCAGUUAUUUCUUAAAAUAUUUGUGAUAGUUUCAGACUUUUUUACAAUAGAUCAAUAAUGCGUACACUGAAAACCAAAUUUUCUCCGAAGGCUUGAGUUCAAUUUGUACAAGGGAGAAGUGUGUAUAGACACAUAUGUUAGAAAAAGAUAGAAGCCGGAUGGAUAGCGAAGCCUAGCAACGCGGACGUGGCAGUCUGCCGCGUUGACAAUAUGUUACACCAGGUCCUUGAAUUAAGAUGCAUGUUGAAUAUAUGCAUUAGUUUAUUCUCUACGCCCAAAUAGUGGUUUUAUUUUGAGCGUACACAUUUUUGAAUUGUGUCGAAUCUGAUUAGGAUCGAUUCCGGAUCAGUCCUAACGGCUCUCCAUUUUAGGUCGAAAUGAAAGGUCAGGUUCGCCCAAAUUGCAUCAUUGGUUCGCUUGGCAACACCGUAUCUCGUACAUUCCAAGUUAAUGUUUCCACCUCCAUGAUGAAAGCUGAGCGAUUUUGGUCAGUACCCACACCUCGCGUUCAUUGGGGAGUGUCGCCCUGCUUCUAAAUGGUUUUCACCUGCGUACACGCAGGCACUGAUAAUUUGUAUUGCUUAAUGGUAUUACAAUAACUCAGAAUGUGUUGAUUUUCAACAUCGGUGGAAAUCAAAGAUAAUUCUAAAACAAAUUAAAACAAUAAGUCGGAUCAAAAUUAAAAUAAAUUCUAAUCCAAAUGAAAACUAAAUAUUGAAUUGAUUGUUCGAACAGGCCCCCUUCUUGGGUUUUACAAUAACCUCACCUAUUUGUAGAAGCCUGUGCGAACAUUUUCUGGUGUAACAUAUGUUGCUAGGCACUGUGAUGAUGACCUUCGCUCUUUAGCCGACUUCUAUCUCUUUCUAACAUGUGUUGAUACAUACUUCUCGCGCUUCGCUCUCGUACACAUUGAACUCAAGCCGUCAGACACAUUUGGUUUUCCCCAUAUACAUCAGUAACAGCAUGUCAAUAAUGCUGUUUUGUUAUAUAUGACAAGAUUUAGUCUCUGAUAGAAAGUCUUUUUUUUGAAACUAACUGGAAAUAUCAACCCUGUUAUUACGAAAUAUGAGAUUUAGGUUAAAGGAUGGAGAUCAAAAGAUAAAUAUACAAAUUGUUUUAUUCUCAAAAAUUAAAUCCUUUUACUUUGCCCUCGCUUCACCUUAUUUUAUAAAAAAAUGUUUUUGGUGGCCUUAUGAAAUACACGUGUCAGCACAGAACUUGUUUCGAGUUACAGUCAUAUUUAUAUGUGGCUGAAAUGGUAUAAACAUUGGCAUAUACUCUUCAAUUAC